AUGGCGGCAGAAGCAGUGCCGCCGCCGAGCUUCGAAGCUCAAGGUCAUGAGGAGUACAUCGAUUAUUCCGAAGAUGACGCAGCGGCCCCUGCCGUUGCAGCCCAGAACUCCAACCGCACCUCAUUCUCGGCCAACGCCCAUCUUGUCACUGAGAACUACGAGGAGGCAGCAGAAUCCGUACAAGUAGACGACCAAUCUAUCGAUUUGCAGGCAGUUGAGGUUACUACAGUGGCCAGCGAUGCCCUGCCGGAUGGCAGUGGCCAAGAUUUGCUCAAAGCAAGCAACUCCGAGAGUGCCACCAUGGUCAACCAAGCGCCUCAGGAUAUUGAAGACUUGUCAUUUAACGAUAACGAAAUCAGCUGGGAAGAUGGCAACGACGACCAAGCUGGAGACGCAAGCGAUGCCCACCUUGACGCCGAGAAGAGCGACUGGCAGCUUGUUGACGAUGAUAUACACUUGGCCGAGGAAGAAUCGGACCUGCCCAAAGGCAUAGCGGACACUGAAGAGAAGCCACAAGGAGAUGAAGAAGAUGCUCAUGAGUCCACUGGCAAUGCUGAGAACGUUCAUGAUAACACCCAAGGACUUAGUGGAGCAGAUGCCGAGCCACUUUUGCAAGAGCAGAUUUCUGACCUUCAAGGCGCCGACGCGGAUGGUGAUUUGCACGAGAUAGACUACUUCGACGACAGCAACGCCGCUGUGGAUGCAUCUAUGGACACAGCCGCCGAGAUGCAACCGGAAAGCAAUGUUCUCGACCAGGAAGACGUCAGAAACACCCAUUCCGACCGCGAAGAUACGGAUCGUGCCAUUGAUGAAAAUGACGGAUCGUUCUCUUCGCAUGAAGCAGAAGAUAGUGUUGUUGCCGUCGAAGAAGAAGAGGAAGAUAAUACCCACAACCAAGACCUGAUUGGCCAGGCAAAUGAUGCAGAAGAGUACACGGCGACUGGCGAAGACACUUCCAUCCAUGAUCGCAUGGAUUAUGAAGAUGAGCUGCUUGCGAACGUCCAGUCACCGGACUCCGAUGAUGCACCUUCGAAUGACGACACUGAGAUCCCCGCUGUAACUGUUUCCUACAAGGGUGUUGAAUAUCCCUUCUUUUACAACUCGCCGGACAGCGAAGGCAAGGAGUGCUUCUUUGACGAUCUGUCCCUUUUGCAUUGCAAGAUGGAAGGCGUGCUUGCAGGUUUCCGUCGUGAGCUUGCUAACGAACUGGGUCCCUUCGACGAACUGGUGUUCCAAAUUGACGAGUUGGGACUUGAGUUUGCCGAAUCUACCCAGCCAGAUUUGAUCUCUGAUAUUACCCUGGGUCAAGUCAUUUCCGUGUUUGAUUCUCUGGUCAAGAACCAGGAUGCCGAUGCCUCAAAGCCGUUGUAUGCCUUGCUAGUCACACGGCCAAACUGCAAGAAGAGGUGGCUAUCUCUCGUCGAUGAUGCCUACAAUGGCAAGGGACUUGACGAGGUGAGCUAUUACUUCGCAUCUCAGGCACAAAGCGAAAUGGCCGCGCCAGAGAUACUGGAUGAUGAACCGGGCAUGGUUGGAGAAGACGACAACGCGGAUGCCGCCGCUUGGCCUGACUCACCUGCUGAAAGCAAGCAUGACGACCAGGACGAUGCUCAAGCUCAAGACCUAGAUGAAGAUAUUCCUAGCGCCUUGGAAGAAGCAGCCAACGAAGAUGACGACGUUGGGACUGGUAUUGCUGAAGAAGAUGAUGAUGCCACGAAGGUCGACGAUACAGUUGAUGAGAGCGCCUUUGACGCAGAGCUUACCGCCGUUGUUGAAGACCUAGAUGGCGAGGCGACUAUGGUUGAUACGGACAUCAAUUUGUUGGAUGAAUCGACUGUGGUCGCAGACACAGAUGUCGUCGAAAGCAACGCAAUGACAGAGGUGAUGGAGGACCAGGAGCCUCAGACAUCUGGGGAAAAUGAAAUCGACGACUCUAACCCACUUGUCAACACGGAUGCGGAAGACGAAGUGGACCUUCUCAACGCCGUUGAGAACGAUCCGCAGUGGCCGAAUGACGAAGACAGCGCAGCCCUCGUGGACCAAAUUAUCGAAGCUACCAAUGAAAAUGCGACGAACAAGGUAACCCCUAACACCAGCGCAACUUCAACCUUGAACGGCGAUGAAGUCACGUACGAAAACAACGAGCUCGAUUUGAACGCCGACGUGGGCGAGAACGAUAUCAACGAGAACGACGGGGCCGACGUUGAAGGUCAGGAUGACGAGUUGGAGGAAAUUGACUGGAGAGAGUUCCCUGGGCAAGGCGAUGACGAAGUUUCGGAGUCCCCUGCGGUCGUGGGCAAACGCCCCCGGUCGGAUGUGGACGACCUGCUGGAUGAUGAAGCUGAGAAAGACGUCAAGCGUCGUCGCUCUUAA